UUGAUCUAGCAACACUUUCGUUUACUAGCCCACCGCUAGUAAACUAGGCUACCUGCCGCCCCAGGUGGUGGGCUUUGUUCUUUGUUUUACCUAUAUACAGGUUCUAAUCAUGGACGUCGUGUGUAUACGACACUAUGAGAUGUAUAACCUUUUGUCUGCAUCUGUGCUGAUUAAUAUAUGUCCACUUUAAAUCCUUGAUUCACCAACUAAGAGAUCAACAAUGUGUCAAGUGCUGCUUCGAAGCUCAGCAGUUUUUCCGGAAAUAACUCAACUUUACUGUUGUUCUUCUUGAAAGUUCAACAGAUGAUCCGGUUAUAAUGGCAUUCGGUAAGAACAACUUUUCCUGUUCCUGUUUCGGGGAUUAUAUUGUGUUUAACAGGUAGGCUAAAAUCAACAGUAAGGCAAGUACUCUCCGCCUCUUCUCAAUAUAUGUAAGAUAUGAAAUCGUGUUCAAAGUGAUAUCCUGUCGUGUCAUUGGGGAAGACCAUACAAGGUCAUGGCUUUGUAAAGAUCCCUGUGCUCAUGAGAUGGAGGAGGCGUACACAGAGCUGUACAGGGAGUUCCUCCAACUGCGCUUGCUGUGUCUGAAGCAGGCUGCUUUACUCAAUAAACUCACAGAGAAACUGAGGACACAGCAAGGAGGAGCCCCUGUUCCUGAUGGAGACCCCAGCGUAAUGGCAUCAAUCCCAAUCCAGUGUACCCAGAAGAGCUCCGUUGCUCUCCCUGCAUGGCCGGAAACCCCAAUGGUCCCAACACACAACCCUGCUGCACACUAUGGCAUUAUAAGGCCAUCUGGGUCCAUGGGGUCACUCACUAAUCUACUGGCUGGGGAUUUGGGCAGACUACGGCUGGACUUUGCUCAUCCAGGGACAGAAAGGAAGGAGGUCCUCAAAGCCACCCCCCUAGGACCUCUGGACCUACCUGGGGGUAAUGAAGAGAUGGCACCCUCCAGUGUCUCUGGGGACUCGAAGCAAGCAGGUAGAUUUUGGAGUGAUGAUAUGACCCGACAAAUGUUCAGGAUGCCCUCGGCAUGUGGCUCCUUCCUGGACAGUGAGUUUCUAAGCCAGACCAGGGGGAUGAUGCUGAUGUCAGAGGUGGCGCUGCAGUCUCAUGUGUGUGACUUCUGUAAUGCUGUAUUCCCCGGCCACACCACCACCAGGGGAGACUUCAUGUGCCACCUCCACACACACAUCACCUAGAACAUUAUUUCCCAGCCAGGGGAAAUAAAUACUUGAGAAGACCGAUGAGACCAUAGGCUUACUGGUAAAACGCACAUGAGGGUGUAAUUCAGGGGUACUCCAGGCAGAGCAAAAAACUGUUUGUGUUACAAUAACCGAAAAUGGUUGGGAACCACUGACUUCCCUGCACCAACUCCAUCACACACACAUCACCUAGAACACUAGUUCCCUGCACCGACUCCACCCACAUAAUCUAGAACACUGGUUCCCCCAUAACAUCUCCACACACACGUAAUCUAGAAUCCCCAUUGUUUCUGUAUCACCUAGAGUAGCUGUUUCCCCAUCACUUAGAUUAGUGGCUUCCUCAUACUGUUUCCUCUACAUCACCUAGAGUAGUGGUUUCCCCAUAAUAUUGUUUCUGAAUCACUUAGAGUAGUGGUUUCCCCAUAAUGUUUCCUCUGCAUCACCUAGAGUAGUGGUUUCCUCAUAAUAUUGUUUCUGCAUCACCAAGAGUAGUGGUUUCCCCAUAAUAUUGUUUCUGCAUCACCUAGAGUAGUGGUUUCCCCAUAAUAUUGUUUCUGCAUCACCAAGAGUAGUGCUUUCCCCAUAAUAUUGUUUCUGCAUCACCAAGAGUAGUGGUUUCCCCAUAAUAUUGUUUCUGCAUCACCUAGAGUAGUGGUUUCCUCAUAAUACUGUUUAUGCUUCACUUAGAGUAGUGGUUUCCCCAUAAUGUUGCUUCUGUAUCACCUUGAGUAGUGGUUUCCCCAUACUGUUGCUUCUGUAUCACCUUGAGUAGUGGUUUCCCCAUAAUGUUGCUUCUGUAUCACCUUGAGUAGUGGUUUGCCCAUAAUGUUGCUUCUGCAUCACCUUGAAUAGUGGUUUCCCCAUAAUGUUGCUUCUGCAUCACUUAGAGUAGUGGUUUCCCCAUAAUUUUGCUUCUGCAUCACCAAGAGUAGUGGUUUCCCCAUAAUAUUGUUUCUGCAUCACCUAGAGUAGUGGUUUCCCCGUAAUAUUGUUUCUACAUCACCUAGAGUAGUGGUUUCCCCGUAAUAUUGUUUCUACAUCACCUAGAGUAGUGGUUUCCCCGUAAUAUUGUUUCUACAUCACCUAGAGUAGUGGUUUCACCAUAAUAUUGUUUCUGCAUCACCUAGAGUAGUGGUUUCACCAUAAUAUUAUUUUUGCAUCACCUUGAGGAGUGGUUUCCCCAUAAUGUUGCUUCUGUAUCACCUUGAGUAGUGGUUUCCCCAUACUGUUGCUUCUGUAUCACCUUGAGUAGUGGUUUCCCCAUAAUGUUGCUUCUGUAUCACCUUGAGUAGUGGUUUCCCCAUAAUGUUGCUUCUGCAUCACAUUGAAUAGUGGUUUCCCCAUAAUGUUGCUUCUGCAUCACUUAGAGUAGUGGUUUCCCCAUAAUUUUGCUUCUGCAUCACCAAGAGUAGUGGUUUCCCCAUAAUAUUGUUUCUGCAUCACCUAGAGUAGUGGUUUCCCCAUAAUAUUGUUUAUGCAUCACUUAGAGUAGUGGUUUCCCCAUAAUGUUUCCUCUGCAUCACCUAGAGUAGUGGUUUCCCCGUAAUAUUGUUUCUACAUCACCUAGAGUAGUGGUUUCCCCGUAAUAUUGUUUCUACAUCACCUAGAGUAGUGGUUUCCCCGUAAUAUUGUUUCUACGUCACCUAGAGUAGUGGUUUCCCCGUAAUAUUGUUUCUACAUCACCUAGAGUAGUGGUUUCCCCGUAAUAUUGUUUCUACAUCACCUAGAGUAGUGGUUUCACCAUAAUAUUGUUUCUGCAUCACCUAGAGUAGUGGUUUCCCCAUAAUGUUGCUUCUGUAUCACCUUGAGUAGUGGUUUCCCCAUACUGUUGCUUCUGUAUCACCUUGAGUAGUGGUUUCCCCAUAAUGUUGCUUCUGUAUCACCUUGAGUAGUGGUUUCCCCAUAAUGUUGCUUCUGCAUCACCUUGAAUAGUGGUUUCCCCAUAAUGUUGCUUCUGCAUCACUUAGAGUAGUGGUUUCCCCAUAAUUUUGCUUCUGCAUCACCAAGAGUAGUGGUUUCCCCAUAAUAUUGUUUCUGCAUCACCUAGAGUAGUGGUUUCCCCAUAAUAUUGUUUAUGCAUCACUUAGAGUAGUGGUUUCCCCAUAAUGUUUCCUCUGCAUCACCUAGAGUAGUGGUUUCCCCGUAAUAUUGUUUCUACAUCACCUAGAGUAGUGGUUUCCCCGUAAUAUUGUUUCUACAUUACCAAGAGUAGUGGUUUCCCCAUAAUAUUGUUUCUGCAUCACCUAGAGUAGUGGUUUCCCCAUAAUAUUGUUUAUGCAUCACUUAGAGUAGUGGUUUCCCCAUAAUGUUUCCUCUGCAUCACCUAGAGUAGUGGUUUCCCCGUAAUAUUGUUUCUACAUCACCUAGAGUAGUGGUUUCCCCGUAAUAUUGUUUCUACAUCACCUAGAGUAGUGGUUUCCCCGUAAUAUUGUUUCUACAUCACCUAGAGUAGUGGUUUCCCCGUAAUAUUGUUUCUACAUCACCUAGAGUAGUGGUUUCACCAUAAUAUUGUUUCUGCAUCACCUAGAGUAGUGGUUUCACCAUAAUAUUAUUUCUGUAUCACCUUGAGUAGUGGUUUCCCCAUAACUUUGCUUCUGCAUCACCAAGAGUAGUGGUUUCCCCAUAAUAUUGUUUCUGCAUCACCUAGAGUAGUGGUUUCCCCAUAAUAUUGUUUAUGCAUCACUUAGAGUAGUGGUUUCCCCAUAAUGUUUCCUCUGCAUCACCUAGAGUAGUGGUUUCCCCGUAAUAUUGUUUCUACAUCACCUAGAGUAGUGGUUUCCCCGUAAUAUUGUUUCUACAUCACCUAGAGUAGUGGUUUCCCCGUAAUAUUGUUUCUACAUCACCUAGAGUAGUGGUUUCCCCGUAAUAUUGUUUCUACAUCACCUAGAGUAGUGGUUUCACCAUAAUAUUGUUUCUGCAUCACCUAGAGUAGUGGUUUCCCCAUAAUGUUGCUUCUGUAUCACCUUGAGUAGUGGUUUCCCCAUACUGUUGCUUCUGUAUCACCUUGAGUAGUGGUUUCCCCAUAAUGUUGCUUCUGUAUCACCUUGAGUAGUGGUUUCCCCAUAAUGUUGCUUCUGCAUCACCUUGAAUAGUGGUUUCCCCAUAAUGUUGCUUCUGCAUCACUUAGAGUAGUGGUUUCCCCAUAAUUUUGCUUCUGCAUCACCAAGAGUAGUGGUUUCCCCAUAAUAUUGUUUCUGCAUCACCUAGAGUAGUGGUUUCCCCAUAAUAUUGUUUAUGCAUCACUUAGAGUAGUGGUUUCCCCAUAAUGUUUCCUCUGCAUCACCUAGAGUAGUGGUUUCCCCGUAAUAUUGUUUCUACAUCACCUAGAGUAGUGGUUUCCCCGUAAUAUUGUUUCUACAUCACCUAGAGUAGUGG